AUGAAACUAUCACGCGAAGGAUUCACGAUCGAUGUCGCCGCUGCAUUCGUGAGGCGAAUUGUGUUCAACCCUGCACUCGCCGUGACUGCAGCUGUCGCCCAAACUAUGAUACAUUUUAUACAGGUAUCAUAUAAUGAUGAUUUUCUCCAGCAGACUCCCAAGUUUACUUGGCCAUUGGCUUCGUCGGUUAGUCUCUGGGUACUCCUCAGUAUUUUACUCUGGGCCAAUGAUUAUUUGAACGAUGGUUACGCAAACAAUUGGGCAGCUGAUCCUUUAUGGGACUGGAGCAAGGAAAUUGUCUUGAUAACUGGUGCAAGCAGCGGUAUUGGAGCGAGUAUCGUCCAACAUCUAAUCCAGCGCAACCCUCGGGCGACCAUUGUCAUUCUUGACUAUUCACCCAUGAGCUGGACGCCUCCGCCAGUGUCUAAAAUACAUUUUUACCAGUGCGACCUCAGCCAUUCCUCUGUGAUCAAGGCUAUCAGUGAAAAGAUUCGCCAGGAAGUCGGUCAUCCAACAGUCUUGGUCAACAAUGCCGGCCUAUCUCGCGGCUUUACUGUCAUGGAUGGCUCUUAUGCAGAUGUCGACGUCACCAUACGAACAAAUCUUCUCGCACCAUUUCUCUUGACCAAGGAGUUCCUACCUUACCUUGUGCAGCAUAACCAUGGCCAUAUCAUGAACAUUAGUUCCAUGAGCUCCAUCAUGCCACCGGCUGGAAUCGCCGACUAUGCCGCGACCAAGUCCGGAAUCAAUGCACUUCACCAGGUACGUUGGUUUGAAUCCUCCGAGUUGAGGUGGAAUUAA